AACAGAAUCGCCAUAUUGACUACAACAUUAAGCAAACAAUCAAAAUGGCUGAGGAUAUCUUCCUUUGAUUUUUUACGCAAAAUCAGAUAUAUCAUCACAUAAAAAUUAUGUCUAGCAUACAAGAAAGAAAGUUUUAUCUACAGCUUUGGUCUUUAACAACGGGUCCAGCAGUUAAAGUUAUGAAACAUUUCUUCGAAGUGAAAAUCCUGAACAAUUCUAAAUUUGAAAGUUUUUUAAAUGAUCAAAACAACAUGCAUAUACUGUUCCAUCAUUGCUUCCCUACAAUACCGUGUUGUAAAUGCGUCACAGUUUCAUUGGCGUCACCGAAGAAAAGAGGAUGUUUAAAUUCUAGACAGUUCGAUAUGUUGUAUGAUAAUUCUGGAUUACCACAACCAAAUCACGAAAUUAGUACAGGUUCUAAAGUAAAUCAAUAUUGUCUAUGUAAAUAUUCUUCCAAGCGCUCAAUCAAAGUUAGUGGAUUAGAUAUAACGCUUUUUAAUAAUAUCAUACAACAUUGCUGUCCGUCUAAAAUGAAUUUUAUGUGGCGUCAGAGUGUAAAAGACAUACGAAACUUUCUAGCACACGCCGGGCAUGGUAAGAUAAGUAAAGCUGAUUUUGAGGCUCAUUGGAUGGCACUGGAAACCGCCACUUUAGGGUUUGUUGGUGAAAUUGGGGAUGUAUGUGAAGAAAUGUUCCAGGAUGAAAUUUCGCGUAUACUCAAUUCUUCAACAGACCAACUCGGAGACCAACUGAAAGAAAUGCUAGAGAAAUCAAAUGAUGAUCUGAAAAAUAUGCUUGAUUUGAAUGGAUUUCAUCCUUUAAAAACGACAGCUGAAGAAUGCAAAACAAAUAUAAAGUUAGUCCAUCUGAAACAAGAGGCACACGAUAAGCAGCUGAACAGAAUAGAGUCAUCGACUGGACAAACGAAAGAUAUCUUAACUCAAAUACAAUUGACAACAAAAGAAAGCCGCAGGGAGGUUAAACACAUGUUAAAUAACUUUGAAUCAAUCAUCAAAGUAGCCGUAGUUCAGGCCAUAGGUGAAGAAAAAGGAAAACACAUGAACUCUGAAAACAGGAAAAUAAACAUAGGAACGCAAGUAGACUCCAAAAGUUGGGAUGAGGAGAAUACACUUAGAAAUUUGUCAAAGAUAGUGACCACAGAAAUUGAUACACAAAGUGCUGACAAAGAGGAGUUCCAUGUGAAAUCUUUAGAACACAAAUGCAUACAACUAGAACUGGUUGCCUUUCCAGAUGUUUUCAAAAAUGCACAAACUUUACGCAAAGCUGUAAAAUCACUAAUUAAUCAGCUAGUUAAAGCUGGUGAAAUUGACACUUAUAUUCCUGGCAAACUGGAAAUUAUGCUUACCGUGAACACACCCCUUACAAAAGAGGAGUUAACAGUCGUUUGUUCAGUAUUCGACAAACAUGAGAUGUUAGAGGAGUCAACAGCCACGGAGAUUGACGUUAAAACAAACUUAUUCAAUAUCAAUUCAAUAACUCGGAUAUUAAAAUUAGAACCUGAUUGCUUGGAAAGAUCUGAUGAUCAAUCUGAUUUCACAGAUAAAGACGACUGCGUAUCAAAUCAGCAGGUUAAAAUGGAAACAACAAAUGAGGGAAAAUAUGAUGAGAUUUUCGUAAAUGUAGACAACUUGAGGUGCUUGCUCAAACUAAAUGGACUGCCAAAUGACCUCGAUAAGACUGGACCUAUAGAAGUGUCACAUGAUGUUCAAGGUAAUCAACUACUUUAUCUCGAAUGGACAUUUGAAUGUCCCGAAAAAUGGAAUCUGCCAUUGAUUGUCUCGAGUAUAAAUGACAACAUAUCUACUUUUCCUGACGGAUUCCCCGUUGACUAUGUGUAUUAUGAGACCACUAAAACAUUUAUAAUGCAUACAACAGCACAACGAUCUGCUUUUAUAUCCUACUCAUCACUGGAAGCUGCAGUUGUAAAACUCAUUGGUAAAAUUAUAAAUGUAUCCAGCGUUUCAUCAACUGAACCAGCGGAAUUGUCUGCUUCUGUCUUGAUAAUGACCAAACCAGAAGAUGGAGAAUUCUUUCAAGCCAAGUUCAAGAAAGAGGCGAGAACAGACCAAUCAAUAUUUGGAUUGAAAGAAACAACUGUGAUAUGUGAUCAUUGCAAACAGAGUUUUGACUGCAAAAAAUGCACGUCAAAGAUAAACCAUAUCAGGAGACAAGAUCAAGCACUUAAGAUGAAGGAUCAAACUAUACAAAGGUUUGAAAAGGCAUUAACGAAGAUAGAGAAAGAAACGAUUGAAGAGGACGAAUCUGACUAUGACUCUUAUUAUUCUGCCGAAAAGAACACAAUCAACGAAGAACCCAGGUACUAUACAGGAAAUUCAGUAACAACAAGAAAAAUUGAAAUGUUUGAAGAAAAAUCUUUAAGCCCUUCAGUAGAUUUUACCAACGAUAUAAAAUCAGACCAAAGAUCUGAAGUUUGUCCUUCCCCACCUUUCUCCAUUCAUAAUGCUCCAGUCAGUCGUGCAUAUUCACCUUCAAGUACAGUUGUAAUUAGUCCAACAGAUGGAAACCAUUCUCAGCCACAGGAUCAAAAUCUCUUCAAAGUUCCAUCUACAGGGGAAUUUAACACAGGGAAUCAAGCCAUCAGAAUGCCAGCAAUAAAUCCUCCUAACCCUAUGCAGCAGAGCAUGGGCAUCAUGUCAACAUCCAUCCAAUUACCACAGCAAUCUGGUUCCCAACAACCAAUCCAGGCUGGAAUAGAUCCUGGUAACCUUUCCAUCAUUCCAAAUCCUCCAAUACAAGGACAGAACAAAGACAGGAAAAUCAUAUGGUCAGGUAUGCUUGAAUAUCAGGAGAAGAUUAUAUCAAAUGGUCCAACACAGCUUAAAAUGCCUCGUCAACUACAGUGCCAACUUUCAAUAGGGGCUGCAGACCCAGAAAUUAUUACUACAAAUUGGCCAAAGGAACUUAUAAUGCAGUUGAUACCACGCGGUCUUUGCUUAGCUCUCCACAGUUUCAGCCAUUGUAUAAAAGUUCUCGUCAAGUGUCCUUUCACUUCGGUAACUACAACGUGGACUCUUUAAGGAAUCUCCGCAGAACAAUGAGUUCUGGUUUUGCUGGUUGUGGUCAUUUCCCUCCUGGUACCAAGUGUGACGUAUUACUCAUCCUAUUUAGUAACAAGAGGAAGGCCUUUAUAGGGGUGAUCCCUAAUGAUCAGAAAGCAUUUGUUGAUGGUUUAAGAAAUUUGAUAGUUACC